ACUGACAGGUAGCUACGUAUGAUUAUUUCUCACAUUUUAACAACAUUCAAAGCGACAUUUCUAGUUCAUCUGGUACAGGGACAACAUUUUAAACUUCUGUAUUCUCCAGGAUGUUAUUUGUGGUCUAACGUUUAUGUCAUCACUUUUUAACGAGUUUAUGUGUUAGGUGUCCUCGCCACCGGCACCGGGCAGCUGUACCGACACAGAGUGCUAGCUAGCUUUAGCUGCCUUAGCUGAGCUUUCCUCAGCAAGUUCUUUAUUGAACAAGCAUUCAUAUGGUCGCUAUUAUCUUUGAUUGUUAGAAACUGUCACUUACUUAGUACAAGACAACCACCUAAACUUGGGAAGCGACUGACAGUUUUCACAGCAACAACACUGCUGACAACUACAGUUAGCUGACACUGACUGUAUAGUCGGUAUCUAUCAGACAGUUACAUUCCCCCUCUUCCCCUCCCGGCAUGGCUGCAGACUCCAUGGAGAUUGACGACUCUCUUUACAGCCGCCAGCGAUAUGUGCUGGGAGACCGUGCUAUGCACCAGAUGGCCCAGUCCUCGGUCUUCCUCAGUGGAAUUGGGGGACUGGGAAUUGAGAUAGCAAAGAACAUUGUCCUGGCUGGUGUGAAGGCAGUCACCCUUCAUGACACAAAGCAGUGUGAGACCUGGGAUUUGGGCUCCAACUUCUUCAUCCGCAAAGAGGAUGUGUUGAGCCAGAGGAGGAGGGUGGAGGCAGUGUGCCCUCGGGUUGCAGAGUUGAACCCAUAUGUUCAUGUUGACUUGUCUUACUCUCCUCUGGAUGACAACACUGACCUUAGCUUUCUCAGAAAGUAUCAGUGUGUGAUUCUGACUGAAGCCAGACUGAGCCUUCAGAAGAGAGUGAAUGAGUUCUGCCACUCACAACAACCUCCCAUUAGGUUCAUUGGCUGUGAUGCAUAUGGCAUCUGCGUGCGGGUAUUCUGUGAUUUUGGAGAGGAGUUUGAAGUAUCAGAUCCCACAGGAGAGGAGCCAAAGGAGAUUUUUAUACAAACAGUCUCUCAGGACAAUCCUGGGGUGGUUUCCUGCAUGGACAACCAGCCACAUGGCCUACAAACGGGCCAGAGUGUUGUCUUCAGAGAGAUUAAUGGUAUGGUGGAACUCAACGGCACUGUGCGACAGGUUUCAGUCAUUUCCUCGCAUAGUUUUGCAAUAGGAGACACAUCUGGACUACAACCAUAUGCACAUGGAGGUUUCUUUGUUAUGGUGAAAACUCCCAAAACAUACAGAUUUGAGACAUUAGAGAGACAACUGUGUGAUCCUCAGGUGCUGACUCCAGACUUCAGUAAACCAGAGGCUCCGCUACAAAUCCAUGCAGCUAUGUUGGCUCUAGACACCUUCCAGGAGCAGCACAGUAGACUUCCUAACAUUGGGUGUAUACAGGAUGCUGAGGUUUUACUGAAACUUACCCAAGAAGUGAAUGCAACUCUCAGGAACAAAGCUUCUGUGAAUACUGAGUUGGUGCGCUGUCUGGCUAGAACAGCAAGGGGAACUCUUCCUCCCUUAAUGGCAGCUGUAGGAGGUCUUGCCAGCCAGGAAGUUCUUAAGGCUAUCACAGGGAAAUUUGCACCACUGCAGCAAUGGUUUUAUCUGGAUGCCACUGAGGUGGUCAGGCCACUUCAGACUCUUUCUACUGAGGAGUUUACCCCACGGGGCGAUCGAUAUGAUGGAUUAAGAGCUUGCAUUGGUGAAUCAAUGUGUUUAGAACUGCAAAAGCUCAGGGUCUUCAUGGUGGGCUGUGGAGCCAUAGGCUGUGAAAUGCUGAAAAACUUUGCUCUGCUUGGAGUGGGAUUGACUAAGAGCUCAGGAGAAGUGUGCGUCACAGACCCAGACCUUAUUGAAAAGUCAAACCUCAAUCGUCAGUUUCUCUUCAGACCACAUCAUAUCCAGACACCGAAGAGCACCACUGCAGCAGAAGCCACUCGCGAUAUCAACCCAGACCUGCAGGUGGAUGCACAUCUAAACAAGGUGUGCCCGGCUACUGAGAGCAUCUACAGUGACUCCUUCUACUCCCACCUGAACAUAGUCGUCACUGCGCUGGACAACGUGGAGGCUAGAAGAUAUGUAGACAGCCGCUGUUUAUCCAAUCAGAGACCUCUUCUUGACUCUGGCACCAUGGGAACUAAAGGACACACAGAAAUAAUUGUGCCAAAUUUGACAGAGUCUUACAAUAGCCAUAGGGACCCCCCAGAGGAGGAGAUCCCAUUCUGCACUCUCAAGUCUUUCCCUUCUGUUAUCGAGCACACAAUUCAGUGGGCCAGGGAUAAGUUUGAGAAUGCAUUUGUCCACAAGCCCUCCAUUUUCAACUCCUUCUGGCAGACCCACCCCUCUGCUGAAGUGGUGUUACAGAGGAUGCAGACAGGGGAAAGUCUGGAGGGCUCAUUCCAGGUUAUUAAGCUGCUGAGCAGACGGCCUAGCCAGUGGGAACAGUGCAUCACUGUUGCACGUCUCAAAUUCGAGAAGUAUUUCAAGAGAAAGGCACUACAACUGUUGCACUCCUUCCCCCUCGACACAAGGUUAAAAGAUGGAAGUUUGUUUUGGCAGUCUCCAAAAAGACCUCCAGCACCUUUUGAUUUUGACUUGAACGACUCUUUGCACUUCACUUUCAUUGUCAGCACUGCCCGGCUCUUCGCUGAGACUUAUAACAUCCCUUACUCAGAAAAGGAUCUUACUGAAGAGGCGGUUGCCAGGAUUCUCUCAGAAAUCAGGAUUCCUGAGUACAGUCCUUCAGAGAAAAGUAUAGAAACAGAUGAGACAGCAAAGAAGCCGGAUCACGCCAAGCUGCCGCUGAGCAGUGAAGAGGAGAGAGAGGCCAUCACACAGCUGGAGCAGGCCAUUGCUUCUGACAAUGUCACAGCAGAGAGGUUACAGAUGAGUCCGCUGCAGUUCGAAAAGGACGAUGACAGCAACGGCCACAUGGACUUUGUGGAGUCAGCAUCUGCGCUCAGGGCCAGGAUGUACUCCAUCGAGCCCGCUGACAGACUCAAGACCAAACGCAUUGCUGGCAAGAUCAUCCCUGCUAUUGCCACGGCAACAGCUGCUGUGGCUGGAUUGGUGGCUCUCGAGUUGAUCAAGGUGGUCGGAGGCUACGAGUUUGAGUCUUUCAGGAACUGCUUCUUCAACUUGGCCAUUCCCGUAAUGGUGCUCACUGAGCCUGCCCCAGUGAAGAGGACACACAUCAGGGACAACAUCUACUUCACCAUUUGGGACUGUUGGACCAUCUUUGGGCAUGAGGACUUCACACUCUCUGAUUUCAUGAACGCUGUUAGGGAAAAGUACGGAAUUGAACCCACUAUGGUCGUCCAUGGUGUGAAGAUGCUCUACGUGCCUGUGAUGCCCGGACACUCGAAGAGACUGAAACUGACGAUGCAGAAGCUGAUCAAGCCAUCAGUGGACCGCCGCUACGUCGACCUCACUGUGUCAUUUGCUCCAGAGGCCGAUGGAGAUGAUGACCUCCCUGGUCCUCCAGUCAGGUACUACUUCAGCCGCAAUGGAGAGACCCCCUGACACCUCCUUAGAUGUCGUCUUCAAACCUCUCGUGUCCUUACUUCGCUCCUCACAUGUAAAUUGUUGUAUCCUGAUAACCGGGGCCAGGGCCAAGAGCUUUCCCUCAGGAUGUUAUUAACAUGAGAAAAACUCUUGGCCCCAGCUCAAGCCCCGCCCCCCCUCCCUUGACUUCAUGGGGCAAGAAAAGGCAAGACCUACUUCCAGUACUUCUUGCCUCAGAUCUAGCCAGUGAAACACGAGACUGCUGAAGUAGCACUUAAUUGUACCUGUGUACAUAUAUUUUCUCUCUUCUGUUUUCUACUCUGGUGAAAUGCACAGCUCUGCCUGUGUCGAUGCCUUAAUUGAUCAAUAACUUGUUUUUUUUCUGUUUGUGACAGUGAGUCUGACUAAAACCUAUGUUUACAGAAACCUGCAUACUCCCAACACACAUCAGUCUCAUUUCUGUUUUCAGUCUGCUAGACCCCAAAGGGGGCUGUGUAGGACUAUUGGAGCAGUGAAGUGGAUCUGUAGUUGGUAGACAUCACAUCUUCUUCUUCCUCAGAGUCCUCUCACUGGCUUUAGAGUUAUUGCCAACCACAGGAUUUGCCAGUCACCUCCCCUUUUAGAAACAAGUUAAGCCAAAAUUUGGUGUUAUUUAAGUGCAAACAAGGUCAGUGGAAAAUGACAAACCACCAAAGACACUGAUUAUCUUUGUGUGUGCAGAUAUCUGUUUUCUUCAUGAUCCCUUUGACUGCCUCAUAAAUCACGUUUAUAUCAGGGGGGACGGGUGUUACCCAAGUAUUCAAAGGCAACACACACAGAGAGCAUCUUGAUAAACUCCCAUCACAAGUUGGUGUUUAAUUUCAUCAACUCUUUGGGAUAAAAAAAAAUUGUCUUUCAUCUCACAUUGCCCCUCAGUCACCUGAACCCAUGACAAUGCUGACGUGUGUUGCACUUAACACUUGGUAACACUGCUUACUCAUUGUAGCUGCUAGUCAUACCUAAAACAGAGGUACUGACAGCUUCACAUUCAGUAUAAAAAUGUUAAUUAUAUCAAGUAAUAAAAUGAGUUCAUUGGCUGACAGGAUAUUGAUUGACAUCUGUUACAACUUCUGGGAUCACAGUCCUUCCAUUUUAAAACCCUUUUUUAUCAAAAAGAAAAUCUUUGCUGUUAAUUCUUCAUUUGAUGCAUUUGUUUGUGGAUGUGUGUCCAUGACAUGUAUUUAUUUACUUGUUUUUCAUUUUUGUGUCAAAUUGAGCCUGUGUUUAUGGGCUCUGUGGAGUGAUGGUGCACUGAUUUAUUGUGCAUCAACAAUAAACAAGUUAUUCUAAAAGUGAUUACCCAACAAUGUAAUUUACCCUUCUGUUCAGUUCCACUUGAAGGUUAUGAGGAGUUCUUAUUUUUAGAUCGUCUGCAUUUGCUUACAUUGGGUUUGAAAGGAAUUGUUUAAAUUGUGAGUGGGUUUUUUUUUAGAUCCAUCUAAAGAGAUUCUACUGACAUGUUAACAUCUGAUUCUUCAAAGUAAUUAAAACUAAAUUCAGACAAAA